AUGCCUUCUGGUAAAACAUGCACGCUCACAGCUGCAGCUUGUCCAGAUGAUGAAAUGGGAAAUUCGUUUUGGACCCCUAUACCAAAAGACGAUUGUCACUAUAAACGCUAUACAGUACUUUUUGAAGGUAGAGCAACACUUCUCCAAAAUAAUUCUACUACUGUCAGCCGAUACAACAAGGAAAUCUACACAUUGAAUCAAGAGGACUUCACCUUUGCAUUGGCAAAAAGAGGGGAACGUAAGAUCUGUGGUUACACCUUGAUUGAAACUGAACAUCCAAAGCUUUUCAUAGUGGACAGUCGAGCAGAUGGAACAUUUGCAAAGAAGACAUCAAUCGAUACUACCAACAUGGACAUAUUUACCCUACAACAAGUAAUGGAGAGCGCCUUAGUCUUAGCUGUGGUGGCUCCUGACGAAUUCGCAAAGACUAUCAUGGUCCAUUCCGGAUACAUGGUUGUCGCCGCCGGAGAGCUUAUUCACAUUAUCAAAUGCAUACCGGUAGAAGUAAAAAUACGUCACACGACAACUUGUUACCAGCAACUAUCUGUAUUCAGAGGAAACAGCAGCUAUUUUGUGACUCCAAGAACGCAUAUGCUAUUAUCAACCGGAACAGAGAUUGAUUGUAACGAUAUUGUCCCACCUAUGUAUCUAAUUAAUGACAUUUGUCAACAGCCACUGGCAAUGGACCCGCAGGAAAUCGAAGCCAACGAAUUCCGAAACGUCAAAGUACCUUCCUUCUGGAAACACAAACCAAAACUCUGGUUCGUUCAACUAGAAAGCCAGUUCACCCUGUAUCGCGUCCGAUCAGACGAGGUAAAGUACAGCACUGUUGUUUCUCAUCUGGGCGACGAAAUAAUGUCUGUCAUAGAAGACAUAUUAGAGUCUCCAUCAGAUCAAGACAAAUAUCAGCACCUCAAAAAGGUCCUCAUACAGAGGUUCACAGAAUCGCAGGAAGUGCAGCUACGCAAACUAUUCAGCGGACUCGAAUUAGACAACGUUCAGAAACUCCUCGCAGUAGUUGAAGACGUUGAACUGAAUAAACUGGCUGAAGUAGCCAACAAGGCGAUGGAACGCGCCAACACUCCCUUCGUGACAGUAGUCGAUGACAACAAGGAUCCAGCACCAAGCUACGUUGCAGAUUUGUCCAAGAGGAUUGAUGACCUAACACUACUGGUUACCAAGUUAGCAGAUCAAUCUGGCAACAGGCCAAACUCAGGAAAUUCCACACCAUCGGAGGUUGACAAGUUGUCUGAAAUAAAGGACGUAAUAGAAGCCUUCACCAAGAGACAGCGAACAAACCAAAGUACCAAUCCACAUAACAAGCAACGCUCAAGGUCUCGUUCUAGGGACAACACAGAGGGGUUAUGUUAUUAUCACAGAAAAUUCGGACUUCUUCCACGACAUCUGGCAGGGAGAACAUCCGUCAAGCCGACCAAAACACAGUUGUACGCUGCUAACAGUUCCCCAAUCGCAACUCAUGGCACCAGAACUCUUAGCCUAAAUCUAGGACUUCGCAGAAAGCUCAGCUGGGUAUUCAUAAUCGCCAACGUGACAAAGCCAAUCCUCGGCGCAGAUUUCAUUCACCAUUACGGUCUACUAAUAGAUCUAAAAGGUACAAUUUCAGCAUCCGCCGACUUAACGGUGAGAACUAUAGCCAGCCACAUCCCAUUCAACGACCUACUACGUGAGUUCAAGGCAGUCACGCGCCCGGUGCAGUUCACUGGGGAUACCAAACACGGGGUUCAACACCACAUUGACACGAAAGGACCACCGGUCACUGAACGAGCCCGCCGUUUAACUGGCGAGAAAGUAAAGGCUGCAAAAGCGGACUUCGAAUUCAUGCUCAAACAGGGCAUAUGCCGACCAUCCAAGAGUCCAUGGGCGAGCCCUUUCCACCUGGCUCGUAAGAAGUCAGGAGAAUGGAGGUCUUGCGGAGAUUACCGACGGCUGAAUGCAGUCACACUACCGGAUAAGUACCCGAUUUCUCACCUUCACGAUUUCUCGCACAGACUUCGUGGUUGCAGGAUAUUCACCACAUUGGACCUGACAAGGGCCUACCACCAAAUUCCUGUGGUAGAAAUCGACCGUCCAAAAACUGCGGUGAUCACACCUUUCGGAUUGUUCGAAUUCAACGUAAUGACUUUUGGCCUCUGCAAUGCAGCACAGUCAUUCCAACGCUUCACGGACGCAGUCUUGAGAGGAAUUGAUUGCUGUUUCUGUUAUGUCGACGAUAUUAUUAUCGCAUCCAAGGACGAACAAGAGCACAGGCAACAUCUCCGUCAAGUUUUCAAGCGAUUACAACAGUAUGGUCUAUCAAUCAACAUCGCCAAGUGCGUAUUCGGUGCAACGUCAGUCCAAUACUUGGGUUUUAUGGUGGAUCAACAUGGAACACGUCCAUUGGAUGAAAGAGUAGCAGCCAUCAAACAAUACAAAAAACCCACAACCGUUUCCGAACUGAGACGAUUCCUUGGUAUCGUCAAUUUCUCCAGGCGGUUUGUAAGGAACGCAGCUGAAACACAGGCUCCACUAAAUGCCUACCUGGUCGGAGCAAAGAAGAAAGAUAAACUAUCCAUCGAGUGGAAUCCUACUACGGAACGAGCAUUCGAGGAGUGCAAGAAUCAGAUGGCUCACACUACACUAUUGGCUCACCCAACUGAAGAUGCCAUGCUGGCUCUUCACACCGAUGCAUCGGAUACAGCCAUGGGAGCUGUCUUAGAACAACUCGUAGAUGACACCUGGGAACCACUUGGAUUUUUCUCUAAGAAGCUAUCCAACGCAUAA